GUGACAGCCGGCAGUAUGCAGAGGAGACAGUUUGAGCUGCCUGGGCUGCACUCUGGUGGAGCCAUCAUGGAGAGAGCUGUGGUGCAAGUCACCCUCUUUGGGCUGCUGCUGGUUUUGGCUAGCACACUACCAAACAAGGACAACUGGAACAUCUACAGCUUUCACAUCAACUCCACAGUGACCAGUCGUUAUGCAACCACGAUCAUCACAAGUCGCGUCGCCAAUCGCAUGGACGACUCAAAGCAAAUACAGUUCCAGGUCCGGAUUCCCAAGAACGCCUUCAUCAGUAAAUUCAGAAUGUUUAUAGAUGGCCAAGUGUACGAUGGUGUUGUGAAAGGUAAAGAGAAAGCUCAGCAGCAGUACACUGAGGCUGUUUCCCGUGGACAAAGCGCUGGGCUUGUCAGGUAAAUAGAUCAAUGGAUCAGUUUAUUGCCA